AGGAGGCUCCUCCCCGCGGCGGAGUCGGAAGGGCUCGGGUCUUUCUCCGAAAGGAGCUCCUCCGGCCCUAAGAAGACUCUCUAGUGGCUGUAAGCGCUAUGGCGGAGCCCUUUGGGGACUGCGCUUGCCCGUACAGGAACGGCUUCGAGGAAGCAAAGGAAAAUGUACACCCAAGGAAUUUGAUUCCAGAACUUUGUCGGCAGUUUUAUCAUUUAGGAUGGGUUACAGGAACUGGUGGUGGAAUCAGCAUGAAACAUGGCAGUGAAAUAUAUAUUGCUCCGUCUGGUGUCCAAAAAGAAAGAAUACAGCCUGAAGACAUGUUUGUGUGUGAUAUCAAAGAAAAAGACAUCAGUGGCCCUCCAUCUUACAAGAAACUCAGGAAGAGUCAAUGCACACCUCUGUUCAUGAAUGCUUACAUCAUAAGAGGAGCAGGAGCAGUGAUUCAUACUCAUUCCAAAGCUGCUGUGAUGGCCACACUUUUGUAUCCAGGAAAAGAGUUUAAAAUCACUCAUCAGGAGAUGAUAAAAGGAAUCAAGAAAUGUACUACAGGGGGAUAUUUCAGAUACGAUGACAUGUUAGUAGUCCCUAUUGUUGAGAAUACACCUGAAGAGAAGGACUUGAAGGAGAGAAUGGCACAUGCAAUGAACACAUAUCCAGACACUUGUGCUGUGCUGGUCAGGCGUCAUGGGGUUUACGUUUGGGGUGAAACAUGGGAAAAAGCCAAGACAAUGUGUGAAUGUUACGACUACCUUUUUGACAUUGCAGUACAAAUGAAACAGCAUGGAAUUGAUCCUUCUAUAAUUCCUAGUGGAGAAAAUGGAAUUGUUUAGUAACUUUUUCCCUAAAAACUACCUUUCAGUACAAUAUUACUGGAUUUCUAGGACGUGUCUGAUUAUUAAGCACUAACCAUUCAACAUUGUUUAUUAAAAGUCUGAAGGAUACCCCAUUUAA